GAUUUAGGAGAGCUGCUAGAAGAGCACAGAAUUCAUCUGACUGAGGUGUGCAGUGUGGGAGGAGACUGUGAUCGCACACAUCCUGGCCCUGGUGGACAGAGAACGUGACCUGUGGCUUGGAGGAAGCACUGUUUUGCUGCCAUGAAGACCCUGCAAGAUGUGGAGCCAAUCGCACCUGUGGCCGAGCCACCUUUGGUGUGGCGGGGGAAGCCUGAGGCUCUGGCCUUACAUCUGUGGGAAAGAAGGAGGAAGACAUUCUUGAGGGGGAAACCAGAAGCCUUGGGGGUUGUGCAGAUUGUGAUUGGCUUAAUAAACUUCAGCUUUGGACUAGUAUUCUGUUUCUUAAUACCUAUUCUCCAAAACCCCAUUUUGUUUAACAUGCUCUACUGGCUCUGGGGGUCCGUGGCGUUUAUUAUUUCAGGCACUUUGUCAAUAGCAGCAGGCACUAGCACUACGAAACGUCUGGUCAACAGCAGCCUAGGAUUGAACAUCACCAGCUGCGUGCUGGCUGCAGUGGGGACCAUCAUCAUUAUAAACUUUCUCACUCUCUUGUCAUUUGAACACCAAAGAUGUACAUAUACCUUUGACAAAAUUUGUUCCUCGACCCUUCCCACUGUACUGGGUAUGGAAAGUGUGGUACUCAUUGUAAGUGUGCUGGAAUUCUGCAUUGCAAUGUGUCUCUCUGUCUCUGGAUGCAAAACAACCUGUUGUGACCCCAGUGAGGCUUUGUUACUUCUAUCAACAAAUAUUUCCAUGGAGGAAACUUCUCCUGAACCAAUUAAAGAAUGUUUGGAGACGCAACCAUAUGAAGAGAUAGAACUCUAGGAAACCCAUACAAAACUUAAUAUAUGAACUCCAGAUUUUGUGUUCUUGUAUGAGUAUAAAAGCUCAGAAUGAUGUUCUAUUUUCUGCAGAAACUCACCAACUCAUUGUACUGGUUCUUUGUCAAUAUUCUCUUCAAAAAAAAGUAAUAAGAACUAUGAGAGUAAUAAAACCCAAAAUGUGUAAUUGUAUUGUAAAAAAGAGAUGAAAAGAAAGUGCUCUAAAAGAUAUAACUGCAUGUAUCUUUAAGUGUAUAAGAUAGAUAACCAUAUUACUAAUUUUUUUUGGAUCAUUGAACAGAACUGUUUGCAGUCUCACUGUUUGAAUGCCCACUUUCUAUGCUUUAAUUGUGUAACUUGAACAACUCUUUCUAAGAUGACAAUACGUAAUCUAUUAACUAGUGAUUUCUUUCUGUUUAUUUUUUUGAAAUUCUGUAUUACUUAUACGCUUUUUCUGUUUUGGUUUUUUUUUCUCUUUAAAUAAAAUUAAUUUUUAAAGCUGAAGAAAU